AUGGUCAUGGCUUGGUUACUUCAAUCUGUCUCUCAAGAAAUAACUGCUAGUAUUAUGUUUCAAGAUUCAGCAAGAGAUAUGUGGCAUGAUCUUCAUGAGCGGUUCAAUCAAGGAAAUGGACCUAGAAUUUUUCAACUUCAAACCUCGGUGCACAGCAUAAAACAAGGAGACUCGGAUGUCAAUACCUAUUUCACUCGACUGAAGGCUCUUUGGGAUGAGCUCAAAGAGUUUCAGCCCAUCGUUCCUUGUUCUUGUGGUUGUACAUGUGGUGCUGUUGAGAGACUCCUUGGGUAUUACACUAGAGAUCAGAUUCUUCAAUUCCUCACUGGUCUCAAUGACUCUUAUAAUCCUAUAAGGGCUCAGAUUCUGCUCUAUGAUCUGCUUUCGCCUCUGUCCAAGGUGUUCUCUAUGAUUGUUCUAGAAGAGCGUCAACGCUGCCUUGGUAACCCGGCCUCUCUCAUUGCUGCUGCUGUUGUCCCUAAUCAUUCCACCAAGCCACCUCUGUCCAGAUCAAAGAAGCCGAGACCUUCAUGCUCUCACUGUCUCAAGCCUGGCCAUCUUGUGCAAAAAAAAAAUUUCCUUCAUGGUUUUCCUCCUGGGUAUGGUGCCAAACGCCGUCAAGAGGAAGCAUCCAAACCUACAAUUCAUCAAGUUUUAGCGUCCCUUGUUGCUGCCCCUAUUUCGGGAAAACAGCCGCUGUUUUCUCAAAACGAGCUCAGUCAACAACUCAUCUCGCUUCUAAGUCAGCAACUUCUGAACUCGUCCCCCAGUGGUGAUACUCAGCCGAUUGCCUCUCAAAUUUCUGGUAAUCCUGUUGACUUUUUAUGGAUUGUGGACAGUGGGGCAACUCACCAUGCACCCACUCAGACUUCCAAGAUUGGGAUUGCUAAGAAAAUUGGCAAGCUAUUCUUCUUUGAACAAGAUAGUUGUUGGGUACAAUCUGUACAAUCUGAUUUUUCUAUUCAUUCAUGUACUGAAAUGGACCAAUGGCAUUGUCGCCUUGGCCAUCCAUCUUUGUCUAUCACACAAUCUAUUAAUAAAACUCUUUUUGUUUCAGACAAAGCUUAUGAUAACAUGUGUUCUAUUUGUCAUUUAGCUAAACAAAAAUGUCUUCCUUUUAUCUCUCAUAAUAACAUGUCUUCUGCCCCUUUUGAUUUAGUGCAUCUUGAUAUUUGGGGACCGUUUCAUGUUAUAAGUAUAGAAGGGUACAAAUAUUUUCUUACCAUUGUGGAUGAUCACUCCCGGUUCACAUGGGUAUAUAUGCUUAAAGCAAAAUCUGAUGUUCAAGUUAUUAUUCCACAAUUUUUUUCUUUAAUUGCAACUCAAUUUUCUGCUACUAUUAAAGUUGUUCGCUGUGACAAUGCUAAAGAACUGAAUCUCACCUCUUUUUAUGUCACUAGAGGUAUUGACCAGUUCCAUUCUUGUGUUGAUAGACCUCAACAAAAUUCUGUGGUUGAAAGAAAACAUCAACAUAUUUUAAAUAUGGCUUGGUCCUUAUUGUUUCAAUCUCAUCUUUCUCUUCCAUAUUGGUCUUACCUCAUUAAUAUGGCUGUUUACCUCAUUAAUACAACUCCAUCUCUUUUACUAAAAAAGAAAACUACCUUUGAGUUACUUUACAAUAAAUUGCCAUCAUAUGAUCAUCUUAGAUGCUUUGGUUGUCUUGCAUAUGCAUCAACAUUAGAUAGGUCUCGUCAUAAGUUUUCUCCAAGAUCAAAAGCUUGCAUAUUUAUUGGCUAUCUGCAUGGAAUGAAAGCCUAUACUUUACUUGAUAUUGAAAGUCAACAAAUAUUUCAUUCCAGAGAUGUUAUUUUCUAUGAAAAUAUAUUUCCUUUAAAGCAUGACCAAUCUAAUGUUGCAAAUGAUCAGUUAUUGUUGUCUAAGAUGUUUCUUGCAGGAUCUCAUUCUUCCCCUGAGUCACAGCCGUCACUACAAGAAAUAUAA